AUGAAGGAAAUCUAAGUGAAAUAUACUCAAUACGAACCUGCUCCACCCAGUUUCUUUGUCCAUGAGGAGAACUUCGAUAUUAAAGAACUGAUCGAUCAAUGUUGUGCCAGCAAAAGAGUUAUUACUUAUAAAUAGCCUAACCGAGAUAAACUCAAAAUAUUCAGUCCAGAAUAUGUUAAUUGUAAAUGUGAAUAGUUUGUUUACUUCAUAUGUGAUGCUGAAAUCAUGGUUGAACAAGAGGUUUUCAAUGAUGCAAAUCAAUAUUGCUCUCUCAGAAAAUACAUGCAUAUUAUUCAAACCAAUAAUAAUGAAGUCACUUUACAUUAUGGCUACUACAAGCAUGAACUGAAGUUUAAUAUAUUUGGAUUACUUGAUUACUUUUCAAAUUCAGAAGAAAAGGAUAUCUAUGAAUAAUAAUUAUAGCCUGCCAUGGUUAAAUGUGUUCAAUAAUAUUUAUAAAAUAAAGAAAAUCUUAAGGAAGAAAGAAAAAGACAAUUUAUUCUCAAUAAUAAUAUAGAUUAUAUGCUUAACCAAUAAAGUGAAGUCAAUCCAUAGCCGUUUUAACCAAAUAUUCCAUUCAUUAAAUAAGCAAACUAAUUGGCAUCUAACAAAUGGACGAUGGCCAAUAUGUUAAGUUAGGAGAGUCUUAUGAAAUUAAUAUUUUUAUUACUCCUUCUGAAUUUUUUCAAACCACAAGUAGUUUGA